AAUAAUACAUCUCUGCAUCAUCGAACACCGUGGUUCAUGCUCAUGUUGAGGGUUCAUAAUAUUAUUGGCAGUUUAGGAAGGCAGCAAAAUAUCUAUGUGAUCACAACGAGAUUUUGUGAGAAAGAGAAAGAUUUUUUGUGAAACAGAAGAAUAUAGCUAGCUUGCUUCCUAGCAUGCUAGCUCGGAUGGUUAGGUAGGUAGGUUUAGCCAGCACCAUGCCGGUCAGCGACAGGAGCAAGAAAAAGCAUGGAAAAGAUACAGCGGUUCAGGGGACCAAUGACAGCAGUGUGGUUAGCAAGGUGUCGGCGGCCGCUCAGGGCUAUUUCUCGGAUGACUUCCUGAAGAGUUUUGUAUGCAAAGUGUCUAGAAGAGCCCCACUCAUCAACAGGGGUUACUACGUGCGCUGGAGAGCUGUGGACCACUGCGUCAAGCAGUUUCUGCGUGUGACCGAAGGCUGUGCGCGACGGCAGGUGCUGUCUUUAGGAGCAGGGUUUGACUCUCUCUACUUUCGGCUGCAUGCCGAGGGGGCCCUGGAGGCGGUUGUGGUGUUCGAGGUUGACUUCCCUGACGUUGCUCAGCGUAAAGCUGCAUUGAUCAAUGCCAGUACCUGCCUAAAACAGGCACUGUCAGACUGGGAUCCCCGUUCAUCCCAACCCAAUGGCCCCGUUAAUAUUGUCAGCGGUCAGUACUGUCUGCUGGGUGUGGAUGUGCGGGUGGAGAAGGAUGUGGAAGGAGCUCUGAGCAGGGCGGGGUUACAGUGGAGUGCCCCCACCCUGCUUCUGUCAGAGGUGGUCCUCACCUACAUGGACACACAUCGGUCGGACACUGUGAUUGGCUGGGCAGCGAAAAAAUUCCCCGAGUCACUGUUCGUGAUGUACGAGCAAGUCCGCCCACAUGACCCCUUUGGCAGAGUUAUGCAGGACCACUUCCUGAAGCUGAAUUCUGCUCUGCACGCGCUCAGUCACUACCCCAAUACGACUGCGCAGAGGCAGAGAUUCCUGGACAGGGGUUGGGAGUGCUGUGAGAUUCUGGACAUGAACCAGUUCUACCUGGGGCUUGUAUCAGAGAAAGAACGGCACAGAGUGGAAAGUUUGGAACCAUUUGACGAAUUUGAGGAGUGGCACCAGAAAUGUUCUCACUACUUUAUCCUCACUGCCUCCAAAGGCCCUCUAACAAGUCAGGCAAAGAUCACCCCUCCCCCCGUGUCACCAGUUCCCUGUAUAUCACCUGUGUUGAGCCCCCAAACCCUCUGUGUGCGGCCCUUGCCGGGGGAUGCCCAGGGGCUCUGUGCGGAGGGCCUUGGGAUGGCAUCCAGCGUUUUGGGGCCAGGGGUGAUCAUGCUGAGUGGAGGGUCAGGUCGCGUUGGCAGAGGGGGUGCAGUGAAGGUCCUAAUCAGAGACCAGGCUGGUUGGAGAUGUGUCUGUAUGGAGCCCAAUACUGGUGUCCGUAUGUACCACACACUGACAGCUGUGCCCCAGUGGGGUGCAGUGAUUUUCGGUGGCCGCUCUUCUCCACUCAGCCCUGUCAGAAGUGUACUCAGGGUGACCUAUGACCCCUCUUCCCUGCCUGAAUCAUAUGACACAGCCAAUCACAUGUCAGAUGGACUGUCUUUUAAAGAGAUGCCCUGCACUGGCAAUGCACCACUUGCAAGAUGGCGACACACUACAACCCUUCUGAGAUACAGAGGUCAAAACUUCCUGUUUGUGUUUGGAGGCCGAACAGAAGCGGAAUCAGUACUGGGAGAUGCCCACUUCCUGUGUGUGGAAGAACAACAUUGGGCAGCAGUGCCCGUAGAGGGUGACCCACCCGAAGCUCGCCACUCCCAUUCAGCUUGUGGGUUUGACGGAGGGGUGGUGAUUUUUGGAGGGUUGGGUCGAGAUGGAGUCCCGCUGGGUGACGCAAUCUUCCUGCGGCCCACCGCCACAGGUUUCUGUUGGGAGAGGCUGUUGGUCCAACCUGCUCUUGUGCCCAGGUACUCUCACUCUGCACACGUGAUUGGCCAGAACCUGGUGUUGGUGGGUGGGGUUUGGCUGCAGGCAGAGGGUGUGCCGGGAAUUGCAGUGAUAAACCUGACCACAGGGGGCAGUGUAGAGUACAGCCUGGACACUUCUUGUGUCCCCUGGCCCCUCAUGCUGCACUCCUUCUGCUCCGAGCCCCUGGACAGUGCCGGGACAGUGAUUGCACUGAUAGGAGGAGGGGGCAACUGCUUUUCUUUCGGGACCCAUUUCAACCCUCAGCCUGUCACUGUGGAUCUAAAGCCUGUGCUCUGAGACGCACUGCGUGCAUUGCGAUUGGAUACAGCUGAGUU